AUGAAUCAGCUUUAUGACACCGAUAUGACACACAUUUCAGACUGUUUUGAUAAUUGUAGUGGACGAGAACGAAAGCCUGAAGUUGGCACCGGAGCUGAGUUUAUGGAAAGGGCCAACUGGAACAACAGGCCUUAUGGAAACGAUGCACGAGAAUCAAGUGAAAGUCAAAUAUCUUUCUACAAAUACAGCAGUUCUAAAUGCACUCUACUUGUACUGCUGAUCACCGUAACUUUAAUACUUCUGCUAUUAAUCGUUGCGAUCGUUGUGCUAUUUGCGCUAAAAGUUGUCGUCCUGCAAUCGGGGAAUGAUCUUGAUAACAGUACUUCAACAUUGUCAACCCAAUUUCUGCCUCGUCCUGUUACAACAGUAACACCUAGUCUAUCCUGGACUAGCUCUAUUCAAGUUACUCCAGUAAUACCGUCCAUUGUACCAACACGACCGUCGACUACAACAACGGUCAGGACCACACCGGUAUUACUGACACAAAUUUUUGAUUGUCAACUGUACAUCAAAAAUCAAGCGAAUCCUUCGUAUAAUUUGAACACAAGCUUUGAGUAUCAGCAAGCAUCUCAAAUGAUCUUCAAUGCACUCACCAGGAUGCUUUCCGGUACGUCAGUAAAGCAGAAUUUAGAAAAAGUUACUAUUCUUAGGCUCACUAACAGCGGAGAUGAUUUACUUGUUAGAUUCGAAAUUAAACUUCAAACACCAAAUCAACGUACUGCGAAUGUGGAAUUACUGCGAAACAUAUUUCAGAGCAAUAUGUUUUUACUGAAAAAUUUAUUAAAUCAAAUAGAGAUCGACGAGACAAGGCUUAGCAUUGUCUAA